GCCUGUAGACCCGAGGCGAGCAGUCUUCGACAGUGUGCAACGGUGUGCCAAAGCUUCCGUGUAUCAUACUAAGGGCGAGCGUAUAUCGCGAUUGAAAACGAAGUGGGUAUUUAAAUGUUCGUUACGGCUGUCACUGUGGAUUCCUGACGUUGCUACUUAUGAAUGAUAAACGUACAUUUAUUAAUCGCACCUAGUACGUGUUUUUAGUUUGGUAUCCCGAUUGACGUCACGAAUUCGACCCGUCCCGAUUGUUAAGGAAUUGACGUGUCCGCAGUAGUGUUCAUAUUUACGUAGGCUUGUUAAACGGUCGGAGUGAUAUUUUAUGGUAGUAUCAGCUUGUAUACAUCCGUAAAUAAUUUAUUGCUUCUGUAUUGCAAACAUGGAUUAGUGUCUUACGUACUGGAGUACCUGAGUCCUUGUCUUUAGGGGAUUGUAUCACAAUCAGUCACUGAGGCAACAGUGGCGAGUUACACUUUAGAAGUUUCACGUGUGGCUGUUGUUCAGUAAGGGCUGCGCGCGUAUGUCUGAGUGCAGUGUUUCUACGCGUUAGUGCCUGCGACGUUUUCUCUGGACCAUGUACGCUAACGAUUGCAUAAGAGUACUCCACGCUACGGUAAGAGCCGGCAACUUACAACAUGUCACGGAAAUGAUGGCGAAAGGAGCAGACGUCGAAGGCAGAGACUCUUACAAGGUACGGCCGGUCCAUAUCGCUGCGGAACGAGGCCAUUUGGACGUUCUUAGAGCGCUUAUCGCACGGGGCUGUAGUGUGAAUGCAAAGGCGUCGCACCCAGUGUUCAAGGAGCCAGAGCGAGAUGUGACGCCGCUACAUUUAGCAACAGGAAUUGCCGACCCAGACGUCGCGCUCGCUUUAAUAUCUGCUGGCGCUAAUGUUAACGCUAAAACUAGUUCAGGUACAUCUCCACUGCAGCUUGCAGCAAUACAGGGUCAUUUGUCCGUAGUGAAGGCACUAGUUUCUGCAAAUGCUAAUGUGAAUUCCGAGGACAGCGUAAAAGUCACCCCAUUAUGUGCUGCUGUGUCGCAGAAUUUUGAAGACGUAGCUAAAUUUCUUGUACAAAACGGUGCCAUUGUAAAUGCGAGACAUUCAGACGGUUUGACACCUUUGCAUAUAGCAGCACAAUAUGGAUAUGUUAACAUAGCAAAACUGCUGCUCCAGAACAAGGCCGAGAUUAAUGCAAAGCACGAAGAAGGCUUCACUGCAUUGCAUUUGGCCGUAGAAAACAGACAUGGUGCAGUGAGUCAACUUUUGAUUAACAGUGGAGCAGAUGUGAAUGCGAGAGACAAAGAGGGAGGCACACCUUUGCAUAACGCAGCAUACAGUGGAUACCCAAUAGAAACCGUCAGACUUUUGAUUGAGAAAGGUGCUAGCGUGAAUGCGAGGGACAAGGCAGGAAGAACACCUUUGCACCUUGCUGCAGAGAGCGAUUUCACCGAGGCAGUAAGCAUCCUGAUCAGAAACAAAGCUUACGUCAAUGUCAUUGGCGAUCAAAUGACGCCGUUGCAUGGCGCAGCUUGUAAGGGUAAUCUAGACUCGAUAAAAAUUCUUAUCGCCAGUGGUGCAGUAGUUGAUCGGAGAACUCACAGGCAGAAUACACCAUUGCAUUUCGCAGCGUACUUCUGGCAUGCCGAAGUAGUUAAAUACCUUUUGGAACAAGGAGCUGAUGUUAACGCAACUGAUGGCAUAAACUGGACACCACUUCAUUUUGCAGGCGAAGAGAGUUCUACUCAAAUCCCUUUCCGCAAUUCCAGACACAAGGGCGUAGAGGCGCAGGACUCUAAGCUGAAUACCAUGAAAGCUCUCAUUGAAUACGGAGCAGAUGUAAAUGCGAAGGGGACCAACUAUGACGACACACCUCUGCAUGUAGCUGUACGGAAUGGCGAUACAGCGUCUGCUAGAUGCCUCUUACAGAAUGGUGCAUACUACGAUGCGAAGUACAGAUUUGCCAGCGGUAAUGUGACAGCUUCAGAGAUGGCUGCGACGAGAAGAAACGAAAAUGUAAAUAAUUUACUUUGUGCUACCGAAAAGCUGUUUAAGGCUGUGAAAAGUGCGAAGUGUACUGAAAUUGAGAAAUGUGUAAAAGAAGCACCAGUGAACAGCGGAAGCAUAAAGUAUGGAACACCGCUUAUGUAUGCGUGUUGGAAAGGACAUUUAGCUCUUUUUAAUGUUUUGCUUAAAAAUGGAGCUAGUAUCAACUUGAGCAACAGUAAUGGCAUUACUCCUCUUCAUUAUGCAGCAAAAUUUGGCCAUCAUGAAAUAUUGUGCAUCUUAUUGCAACAUGGUGCAGUAUACAAUGCAAGAACCAAAACGGGCAAAAAAACACCACUAAAUUUCGCUCAAGAAGAAGGAAAACAAGAAGUUACAGACACUCUAAAACUAAUUGAGCGAUUGUUUACCAGAAUUGGCAGAAAGGAUAACACAGUGCUGAAAGAGUUAAAUGGAUUAAAGAACAACAAAUAUGCUGAAUUUCUUGCCAUCAUAAACUGCAAAAAUGCAAAUGAAGAAACUCUGACACAAAUAGCUUCAAAAAAUGGGUAUGAGGAACUCUGUAAAUUGUUUUCUGACUUGUAACUGCUUACCAAUUUAUAUCUCUUAAUAGUUUGACAAGAAUAGUUAAGUUUUAUGGCAUGAUAUUUUUAUUUUUUGAGGCUUUGCACGCUGUCAGUGUAUAUUUUUAGUGUUUUAAUCAGUAAAGUAGCAAUCAACUGUUUCACUGAAGAUAAAAUUGCUUCAGUAAAAUGACAAUCUUAUAUGCAUUUGAGAUUUUAAAUUGUUAACUUUUACUUCAUUCUGGUGGCAGUUCACAUACAUACAAACAAAACUAAGAUUUGUGCAUCUGGCACUGCUUACCACAUUGCUAUUGAUACCUCUAUAAAAUAGUAUUCAUGUUACUAUUUACCACUAUGUCCUCUACUGUAAAGCUGUUUGGAAGCUCAAAGUCUACUGUGUGCAGAUGUUCAUAAUACAUCCAUUUUUACUAUGGGACUGAAACAAUGCUGUCUGUUAUUUCUAAUCUAUCUUAUGUUCUCUCUCACCUUACUGUUAGAAGCACAUGAAAGUAACCAGGAAGUGAAAUAUUUCUUCGAAGUCUCAUGGGGCCACUGAUUUUCUGAACAAUGCAUCAUUUACUGCAUUAACUGUGAAAAGCAUGGACAUUUUGUUUACAUUUAAGAAUGUAGGAAGUUUCAGAUUUAAGAUGUACUUAAAAUAAUGAAAAUACAAUUGCCUGAGAUAAAACAACAAAAAUAUAUGCUGCUCACAUAAAUAAUGCAGUUUAUCUUAUAAGCCAUGUAGAUCUUAUCAUUCCUAUGUUAUAAUAAUUCAUUAGUCUUUCAGUAACGGCUUACAGUUCCCAUAACUAAAAUAUUUUUGUGAUCUGUGGGGAAUCUUUCAAAAUGAAAUAGUAUAGUCUUUAAACUAGACUGAAGCUAUUGCCUGCUUUUGUAACAGUGCAGGCUGAUGGAUGUCAUAUCACAAAAGCAAAGAAGCAAACCAAAAGUUUUAAAUAAUGAAGAAAAAGUAAUGUCAUUUACGUGACAAAAGACCUAAAAUAUACGGUAACAUGAAAGCUGGAGUCAUUUGUUAUUGGAUGGUACAGUUUUUCGUAUUGUCAUUAGCUUGUCCCAUUAGUUUCAUUGUAUUGUUGGAGUGAAGUAUUGUCAUGCUUCUCUCUCUCUCUCUCUCUCUCUCUCUCUCUCUCUCUCUACCAUCUUGAUGUUACUGAUGAAAGCACAGGUGGAUUCCAAUACUUCCAUAGUGCCCCUCAUUCUUUAUCCUUACACAUAACCUAAUUUUAAACAGCCUCCUAUUUACAGCACCACCUCUCAGAUGCUUUGGUUCUCUUACUUUUGCAUUUUUCUCACACUCCAUGGUUCACUACCAUACAGUAAUGGGGUUCUAACAUACAUUCUCAAAUUUCUUCCUCAGAAUAAGACCUGUGUUUGAUAGUAGCAAACUUGCCUUGUCCAGGAAUUCCCUCUUUGCCCAUGCUAAUCUGCUUUUUGUGUCUUCCUUCAUAAUCAGUUGUAGGUUAAUUUGCUUAAAUGUUAGCAACAUUCCUGAACUUAGUCUACUUUAAGGGCCACAAUUUUGAUUUAAAGUGUCACUAAUCUCAUUUCUAUUACACUUCAUUACUUUCCUUCUUGGUUUACUCUGUCCAUAUUCAGUACUUGUCAGACAUGUUCAUUCCAUUCAACACAUUCUAUAAUUCUCCACUUGAAUCUAACCAUUUGAUAUCUUUUUGCCCUGAAUUUUAAUCCUGUCCUUGAACUUUUCUUUUACGUAAGUCGUGGCAUCUUGUAAAUAUAAAUUGAACAGUAGGGGGGUGAAAGACUAUGUCCUUAUUUUACAGCCUUUUAAUGUGAGCACUUCAUUUUUGUUCAUCCAUUCUGAUCAUCUUGGUUCUUGUCCAUAUUGUAGAUUAUCUGUUUGUCCUGAUAGCUUACUAAUAUUUUUCUUGGCUUUUCAAACAUCUUGCAGCAUUUUGUCUUGCUUUUCUUCUGAUCUACAGGUUCUGUGAAUAUUUAAGUAAAAUCUUGCUGUCAUCAUUAACGGCACCAUAACUAAAUAUCUGGUGUCCUUUACAAAAGUCCGAAAGCUAAACUGAACAUCUGUCAGAUCCUCAAUUUUCUUUUCUAUUUUCUUCUGUGUGUUAUUCUUGUGUGCAAAUUGAAUGCACCAGCUGAUAAUUUAUUUGUAUGAAAGUUCAUGCACUUAUGCCCUUGCUAUAAUUAAGAUUAUUUGGACGGUACUUUCCCAAAAGUGUGAUGUCAUGCCUCUAGAUCCAUAUUCUUUGAAUCAUCUUGAAUAUUCUCUUGGUUUACACUUUCCCAGUGAUUUCGGAAAUUCAAAGUGAAUGUUAUCUAUCCUUUCUCUCUGAUUUAAUCAGUAUUCCAAAGCUUUAUCAAAGUCUGACUCUGUACUGGAUCCCCUAUUUUUUCAAUACCACCUCCCAUUUUUCCUAAAUUCCAUCAUCAGACAAGUCCUCCGUCUCAAGGAGGCCUUCAUUGCACUUAUUCCACUUAACUGCUCUCCUCUGCGCCCUUAUCAGUGGCAUCCCCAUUGCACUUUUCAUGUCGAGCCCCUUGCUUUUAAUUACACUGAAAUUAGUUUUGACUUUCCUAGAUACUGAAUCAUCUUUCCAACAACCAUGUCUUUUCUGAUUUUUCACAUUUUACUGCAAUCAUUCUAGCUUGGCUUCCCUGCAAUUACUAUGUAUUCCAUUCCUAAGUAAUAUAUAUCUUUAGGCCUGAAAUUCCCAGAAUGUUUUUUACUUAAUUCUUUCUUCAACCUAUUGGAAUAUUUCUUAUGUCACCCCAGGUUUCUUCAUGUACCUUCGUUGUAUUUAUCAAGGUCUUUCUGUCUUUCUGUAAUUUCAGAUUUUAGAGAUGUCCAUUCCUGCUUAAUUGAACUCCCUACUGGGGUACUCAUUGUUCUUGUAUCUAUAGUGACAAGAACUUCAAAUGCAUCUUGUAACUCUUCAGUGUCUCAUCUUUACACAUUGUCUUGCAGAAGCCAUUCUUAAACUUGAGCUUACUCCCCCCCACUACUGAAUUUAAAAUUUGAUCUCUAUCUGCUACAGGUACUCCUUAUAGUUGAGUAUCUGUUUUUGGAAUCUCUGACCAUGAUGUAAUUGAGCUGGACUGUUAUGUAUCUCCAAUGUGUUUCCAAGUAUAUUACCCGCUCUCUUGAUUCGUAAACAGUCCAUUCUUAACUGCUGAAAUUUACUGCAGAAGUUAAUUAGCUCUUCUCUUCCGUAAUUCCUACCAUGUAACUUGUGCUUUCCCAUAACUUUCCUGUUCCUCCUUUAAUACUGCAUUCCAAUCCCCUGUGAUUAUCUAUUAUGUUUAUUGUGUUUUUUUGCAGACAUAUAUCACUUUUACAAUUUUUUUCUAUAGAGUAAAUAUAUUUUAUGUAUGUGUAAGUGAUUACACAUUCAUGAGAGAAAUACCAAUGUACUUAUUAUGACAAGAGAUGGGAAUUACAUCACAACUAUCAUAAAUAUUUAAAUUUUACAUAAUAAAAUAUGAAUUAAUAUUACCAACCAAGAAUGAUUCCAGUUUCACUUUGAAUAGUUCACGGUAAAUAACAGCCAAACAGUUGCAGGAUAAAGAUUUAUUGAAAUCCUAGACCACAGUUGUGGAAUAUCUAAAUAUACCUUUAUCACGAGCAAAACACACUUGGACAGGGAGACACCUUCAUUAGCAAAAAACUUAGCAACAUAACUGAGAUAAAAGAAAAACAAAAUAAAAAAGGUAUUUUUAGAUAUACAGAAACUGUGGUCAAGGAUUUCAAUAAAUCUUUAUCCUGCAUCUGUUCGGCUGUUAUCAUUUACUGUGAAGAUUUUAAACAGUUGCUGCUUUACCCAUGUUUAAAACUUUGAACAAAUUCCCUUUAUUACACCUUACAGAGCUUGAUACAUAUACAAUAUGUAGCCAUUAAUGUAUAUCAGAGCACUUGAUUGCUUUGUUUUGGUGUGCCAUGAAAGAUGUAAUUGAUUUGUAAUUAUACAGUGAUUACAUUGAUGUUUUUGUGGUGUAAAAAGAUUUCUCGGCAGUCUCUGUACCUGGUUCCAUGGAUAAUCCUGAUUGCUCUUUGCUGGGGGGGUUAAUUUCUGUUCAUGCCUGUCAGCAGCACAGCCCCAUACCUUUACCCCAUAAUAAAUUGUUUUCAUGUCUGAUCAGAGAUUACUUUUGAUAACUGGUGAAUUAUAUGUAGUGAACUACUAAUUUUAUUACAUGUAAAAUUGUUUACCCAUUGAUUUAGAUUUUAGUCUAGAUAAAUACCUAGAUACCUUUUUCUGUAUCUACUGCUUCAGUUCCACAUUUAUUACUGGCAGUUUUGAUGUGAAUUUGCAAAUUUAAAUGACAAUAACAUUCUUUGCUGAUAUUAACAUUUGAACUUUGAUCCUGGAAAUAUGGAAUUUCUAAGUCAGCUUUGUAAACUUCUUAGUGUAGACUAGGUGUGUAGUCAGAAAUUGUGUGGAUGUCAUUUAUAUUGUAGGCCUGAAAUUUACAUAGAAAGAACUCAUGAUUUACUGAGUCAAAGCUUCAGUGAGGUGUAGAAAGUCUGCUGUUUGCAUCCUUUCAUCAAGGACACCUGUAAUUUCUGUGCUCCUUUAGGAAUCUAUGCUUGCCUACUAACUUAUUUUUGGAAAAGAUUCAUUAUGUUGUGAACAAUAAAACUUUAAAUACAUUGCUGAAAUUAGUGGAUACUAUUCCUUGCAUUAGUUCAACUACAUUCCAUUUAAAUAUACUUUUAAAGUUGUUCCCUGAUACUAUAUUGUUUUGGUAUUCAGUUCAAAGACUGGUUUGAUGCAGCUCUCCAUGCUACUCUAUCCUGUGCAAGUUGCUUCAUCUCCCAGUACCUACUGCAACCUACAUCCUUCUGAAUCUGCUUACUGUAUUCAUCUCUUGGUUUCUCUCUGCGAAUUUUACCCUCCACACUGCCCUCCAAUGCUAAAUUUGUGAUCCCUUGAUGCCCGGAACAUGUCCUACCAACCGAUCACUUCUUCUUGUCAAGUUGUGCCACAAACUCCUCUUCUCCCCAAUUCUAUUCAAUACCUCCUCAUUAGAUAUGUGAUCUACCCAUCUAAUCUUCAGCAUUGUUCUGUAGCACCACAUUUCGAAAGCUUCUAUUCUCUUCUUGUCUAAACUGUUUAUCGUUCAUAUUUCCUAAUCUAAUUCCCUCAGCAUCCAACCCGAUUUAAAUAGGCUACAUUCCAUUAUCCUCAUUUUGCUUUUGUUGAUGUUCAUCUUAUAUCCUUCUUCCAGGAAACUAUCCAUUCCAUUCAGCUGCUCUACCAUGUUCUUUGCUGUCUGACAGAAUUGCAGUGUCAUUGGCAAACAUCAAAGUUUUUAUUUCUUCUCCAUGGAUUUUAAUUCCUACUCCAUUGAAUAAAAUUGGGGAUGGGCUACAACCCUGUCUCACUCCCUUCCCAACCACUGCUUCCCUUUCGUGCCCCUUGCCUCUUAUAACAGCCAUCUGGUUUCUGUACAAAUUGCAAAUAGCCUUUCGCUCCCUAUAUUUUACCCCUGCCACCUUCAGAAUUUGAAAGAGAGUAUUCCAGUCAACAUUGUCAGGUUUUCUCUAAGCCUAUAAAUGCUAGAAACAUAGGUUUGCCUUUCCUUAAUAUAUUUUCUAAGAUAAGUUGUAGGUUCAGUAUUGCCUCACAUGUUCAAACAUUUUUACGUAAUCCAAACUGCUCUUCCCUGGGGUAAGCUUCUACCAGAUUUUCCAAUCGUGUGUAAAGAAUUCAUGUUAGUAUUUUGCAGCUGUGGCUUAUUAAACUGAUAGUUCAGUAAUUUUCACGUAUGUCAACACCUGCUUUCUUUGGGAUUAGAAUUAUUAUAUUCUUCUUGA